AUGAUUUACCCCCGCGAUAUUCCCGCCUCCUUGAAAACAGAUAAGCUGGUGGCGCCAUUCAUAGCCCGUCUGGCCGAGCUCUCGGAGGUCAAUCCGGUGGUCAGCUAUUUCUGCAAAUUGUACGUGAUAGAGUACAUUUUGUCCCAGCAGCUCCAUGCGCUGAGCAAGGAGAUCGAGGAGUUCACCAUGCAGCUUUUGGACGACACCGAACAGGCGAAAAACGACCCUGGCGACGUGGGUCACGUGCUCGACAGCAGGCAGCUUUCCGCCAAUCUCGUGUUUGUGUUUGCCUUCAAGCUUUUCAAUGGCUGCCUCGAAGACUUGGGCAGCUACGACGGCGUGUCCAAGCCGCAGUUGGUGCAGAAGUUGCGAGCCACCAUCACGUUUUGGUCGCUCUUCCCUCUUUUCAAGCAGGACAACGUAGCCCAGCCUGUAGACUUUGCGGAGACCUCCGCCGGGCAGUGCCAGUCGGAAGAUGAGUUCAUGAAAUUCACCAAAGACAAAAUCAAGACGUUGAAGUUCCAGUUGAGCCGGCUCCUCAAGGACGAAAUCCCAGUCAAGGGCGAGGAACAGGAAUUGGACGCCUUAGCCCUCAGUCUUGAAGGUUUGGGGCCUGAAAAAGGGGCCGAAAUCGAAGAUGGCAACGCGCCGGCCACAGGCAAACAUUCCGACGAAACAAACACGGAAACCCGUGGUUUUCAGCGCUCCAGAGGAAAUCUGGGCACAUCUGAAAACGGCGGCUUUUCACUCCCAGCGGCACCCCAAUAUCAACCAGGGGCCGGUUCAGCCCCCGAGUCUGAGGAAGAGGCCGAAUUCAAGCUUCCAGGGGCCCCAAGGUUUGACCCCGGCGCAGGUUCUAGCUCAGAUCCCAGCACCCCAAAAUUGCCUGGUGCACCCAAACUUCUUCCGGAUGACGAUCUUUCCCAUGUGAACAAGAAAUCUUCGAUUCGGGUAUUCCAGCCCACCGGCGCUGGAAAUGACGGCGAAAGCGAGGAAGCCCCCGAGCUUCCGAAGCCAGGUCUGCAGAGAUCGGCCUCUUCCAAUGUGCUGCAUGUCACAAAGGAGUCGCUCCCCAUCAUUGUUGACACCACCGAGCAGGUGAGCAGGAUCCAAAAACACGCUAAGUUUGCCAUUUCCGCUUUGAACUACGAGGACUGGGACACGGCCGAGGCUGAGUUGGUCAGGGGGCUCGAGAUGCUCCGGAGAAUCAAGGAAAGAGCACAGAAUUGA